AUGCAUGGAGGCAACCAGAGUGGGGUCUCAGAGUUCCUCUUCCUGGGGAUCUGAGGGAGUGCUGAAGAGCAGCAGAUCCUGUUUUGGAUGUUCCUGUUCAUGUAUCUGAUCACAGUGGUGGGAAAUGUGCUCAUUAUCUUGGCCAUCAGUUUUGAUUCCCACCUGCACACUCCCAUGUACUUAUUCUUGGCCAACCUCUCCUUCACUGACCUCUUCUUUGUUACCAAUACAAUCCCUAAGACAUUGGUGAACCUUUGGUCCCAGAACAAACCCAUCUCAUAUGCAGGGUGUCUGACACAGCUCUACUUCCUGGUCUGCUCGGUGACCCUGGACAACUUCAUCCUGGCCAUGAUGGUAUAUGACCUCUAUGUGGCCAUCUGCUACCCCCUUCACUACAUCACAGACAUAAGCCGGCUCUGUAUUUUGCUCCUCACCUUGUGUUGGGCACUCUCUGUCCUCUAUGGCCUCUUCCUCACCCUCCUCAUGACCAAGGUGACCUUCUGUGGGUCCUGGAGUAUCCACUACAUCUUCUGUGAGAUGUAUGUCCUGCUGAGGCUCACAUGUUCCAACACCCAGAUGAUUCAUACACCACAGAUUACCACAGGCUGCUUCAUCUUCUUCACCCCCUUAGGGAUCAUGAUCAUAUCCUAUGUCUGGAUUGUCAGAACUAUCCUCCAAAUACACUCACCCUCUAGCAAGUACAAAGCCUUCUCCACCUGUGCCUCCCAUUUGGCUGUGGUCUCCCUCUUCUAUGGGACAAUUGGUAUGUUAUAUCUGCAGCCCCUCCACACCUACUCCAUGAAGGACUCAGUAGCCACAGUGAUAUAUGCUCUGGUGACCCUGCUGAUGAACCCUUUCAUCUACAGCCUGAGGAACAAAGACAUGCAUGGGUCUCUGGGAAGACUCCUCUUUGGGAAAGCCUUCCAGAGGUCGACAUGA